AUGAUCCUGACGGCCUUGGCUCUUGGUCUAGCACUCCUCUGUGCCGCCAGCCCGUGCUUGGGGUUGGGGAGCGGCGGCGCCGGCGUGUCCGUGUCUAGCGUCGUCACCGAGGCGUUCUUCAACGGCAUCAAGUCCCAGGCCGGCGGGAACGGGUGCGAGGGCAAGAAUUUCUACACACGGAGCGCGUUCGUGAGCGCCGCCGACUCGUUCCCGGCCUUCGCGCAUGGCGGCACGGAGGCGGAGGGCAGGCGCGAGAUCGCCGCCUUCUUCGCGCACGUCACCUACGAGACCGGAUAUUUCUGCUACAUCAACCAGAUCAACGGGAACAGCCAGGUCUCGUGCGCCCCGAGCUCACAAUGGCCGUGCGCCCUGGGGAAGAAGUACUACGGGCGUGGCCCGCUGCAGAUCUCGUGGAACUUCAACUACGGUCCGGCGGGGCAGAGCAUCGGCUUCGACUUGCUGGGGAACCCGGACAAAGUGGCGCAGGACCCCGUGAUUUCAUUCAAGACGGCGCUCUGGCUCUGGAUGAACAACGCGCACAAGGUGAUGCCGCAGGGGUUCGGUGCCACUAUCAGGGCCUUCAACGGCGCCCUCGAGUGCAAUGGCAAGAACCCCGCCGCGGUGAACGCGCGUGUGGGCUACUACAAGGACUACUGCAAGCAGUUCGGCGUCGACCCGGGGAACAACCUCACCUGCUAG